GGCCGGUGCGAGGGGCGGGGCGGCGGGCCGCGCUACAGGCAGCCGCGUGCAGUGCUCGGCUCUCCAGCUCCAGCCGCCGCGUCGCCUGUUGCUCUGUCCUCGCGGCCGCCGCCUCCCGUCCGGGUCCCAGGAGCAGGCGGUCCGAGGGGGCGCCGGUGCGCGGGCAGCCUCCCCAUCUCCUCCUCUCCCCGCGCACGGACGGACCCGAGCGUCUCGGAGAGGCGGGCGCCCGCGAGCCUCCCCGCGCGCCCCGGACCGCGGGCCGAGACCUCGGGCGCCGAGCGGCGAUGAACGUGACCUUCCUGAACCACAGCGGCCUGGAGGCGGCGGGCGUCUUGGGCGGCAGCGCCGGGGCCGCCCUGGAGAACCGCAGCCAAGGGCUGGGCACGUGGCUGGGCUGCUGCCCCGGGGGCGCGCCGCUGGCCGCCAGCGACGGCGUCCCCUCGGGGCUGGCGCCCGACGAGCGAAGCCUGUGGGUGUCCCGCGUGGCGCAGAUCGCGGUGCUCUGCGUGCUGUCGCUCACCGUGGUGUUCGGCGUCUUUUUCCUGGGCUGCAACCUGCUCAUCAAGUCGGAGAGCAUGAUCAACUUUCUGGUGCAGGAGCGCCGGCCCUCCAAGGACGUGGGCGCCGCCAUCCUGGGGCUGUACUGAGUGCCUCCUGGGCCGCCCUCGUCGGCGUGGCUGGAAGGAGACGGAGAAGGGAGAGCAGGACCCUCAUCCCCUCCCCAGGCACUGCCAGCAUCCCACGACGGACAGGGCGAGGGACAGAGACGUGCCGUGGGGCGCCCGGGUCCGGGACACUACGGGACUCGAGGCUACGGCGCGGGAAGGGACUUACACACCCUGCUCAGUCCUGUGGGCGCUUCGGCAUCGGGGGCAGUGGGGGGUGGGGCGCGGGAUGGAGGAGGAUGGGGGUUCUUAACCGUUUUUUUAAAAAAACAAGUUGGAAGCAGGGUGGGAGGGGCUGAGAUGCAGCGUUUUGGGCUGAGGUCAUUCGUGUAGGAGUUUUGUGUGGUACGUAGGUGGGGUGAGGCGGGGCAGAGUAACGAGGAAGGUCGGAAUGAAUUGUGGAAGAAUCCGAGUCGCCGAGCUUGUUGGUCUGAUUAUGCAUCUGGAAAGAAAUCUCGUAAUAAAACUGCAGCCGCCCGGCUUCCUGGGGCUUCUCAUCCCCA